UAACCACGCGGCCACUACAAAGCAACAACAAUAGCACCAUUAGCAGAUGUCAUCGUGCGUGCGACAAACAAAAGCGAAGGAAGAGAUAAAACAGCCAGGCAUGUCCGAGCCGUCUCAAUCAUAUCAGCACUACCUGUUCCUUCAGUCGCGGACCCACCCUCGCCCAAAAUGGUCGCAAUUUACGCACUCCUGUUCAUUCCUGUGAUCCUGGCAGCUUCGGAACAUUCGGGAGCGUACUCCUCGCCUCAGUAUGCGAAAAAAAUGUACCCGAAGUUCGACACAAACUCGCUUUUACCUGACGAGAAGCCACCGAUACCGUUCAAAAGGCAGAUCGACAGAUAUGAUAGUGAUGGGAACGAUACGGCGCAGUACGCGAGGUCGUCGUUCUUAAAUUCGGCGGGUAGCUUCCUGAGCGGCGCCGGUGGAGAAGUGUUGACGAACCUGGCGAAGGAAUUUGUUGGGCGUUCGACUGGUAGCAGCCAGGUUGGUUUUGACUGCGUCUCGCAGGUCCUAAGCUUGAAUCUGACAAAUUUGGUGAUCCUGAUCGUCCUGAAGGCGUUAAUCCUAGCUGCUGGGUUCUUCGGAGCUGGAGCUUGGAAAGGCGGUCAUCACUACGCCAGGAGUCUUAAUGACAACACAAACGCGUCAUAUAUCUCGGAGGACGAGAUCCUGCUGUAUCUGAGCUACCUGGCAGGGCAACAGAGCCGAGACUAUGGCUGCCUGUACCGCCUCGCGUGCAAGAAGCCGCACCAAGCUGCACUUUACUCAUCGGGGGCGGAGAUUCUGCUGCAGGGAGCGAGGUUAUUGCAAGGGAACAGCAUCGAGUUGGAGCCAUACGAAGAGGUAUCAAAAGGUAUCAAGCAAGCGUCUGCCUGGGGCGAGGAAGGCAUGAACUGCGACAAUCGUUAUCAGUGUGAAGAAUAACGUUUAUAACAAUUAUAACGAAAUACAUUAGUUAAAUAGAUACAUAAUAAAUAUAUUCUCCCAGAAGAUUCCUCCUGCGAGUCAAGUCUGACAAAAUUACACUGAAAUAGUAAUUACCGUAGUUAUUGAAAGUUAUCAGAAGGACUUAUAUUGACCGGGAUAUAGACCGUGAUUAGAAGGAAGAGAAUAUCAUGCCACAUAUCUUAUAAUUCAGUAUUAAACCAAUGAUGAUUGUAAAUAAAUAUAUGUAUGACCUAUUCAUAGUAAAUGAGUUCUCUAGAACGGCUCUUAACGAUUUUAGUUAAUAAUUUGGGGCUGUUAGACGAACAGUGGCUUAGUGGCAGUCAGGAGGAAAGGUGGAUACAAAUAAACAUACAACAAGGUUGGCGACGCAUUCUCCUCUAAAAAUAUUUAUAAUUGAAUUUUCGUCAGAAUGAACGACGCCUCAAAUUAAAUAUUUCUAUAAAAAAGUUUGAAUUUUGAACUAUUUUCACGUAGCAGUUUAGUAGGAGUGCGAAUUCAAACUUAAGAGUAGGUACCACCAAAUGAAUAAUAUGUGUGUAUAUAUAAAUGUGUAUUUGUACUACUUAAGUUUAGUUUUAGUUACCUUCAUGUGAAUGAGUGUAGUACUUACCGUUUAAAUCCUAUGAGUAAUUCCAAUAUUUGUGUAGGCAGCAUAAACUAUUUGCUCAGUUAAUAUUCCAGUAACUGUUUAGUCAUGUAAAUAAUAAGUAUUAUAGAAGAAGGUAUGGUCAAAUUAAUUUUUGCAAUAUCACUUUUAAUAUUGUCUUCGGUUACCGCGAUAGUUACUCAUGAAAUAAAACUAUGAAAACGGAUUAUAUCGCGUAUAUUGAAUUUAUAAUACAUCCCGACGUUUAAUCCGAUUCCAAUUCCAAAGUAUAAUCCGAUGCGAUAUA